CCGGGGAUGCCUGGAUCAGUGGAAGCCCUGAUCACUGUCUGACAGAGUCUCUGGUCUGCUGAGAGCUUAAGAGAUCUGGCUGAACCCAGUUGAAAUAGAGAAACUUUUUGGGAUACAGUGAUGAAAUGAAUCCUCCCUUUUUGGAUAGAUCGACUUUGGAGGGAAACCUACAGAUUUUGGACUUCAUGGCCACGGUGCUGAAGACAGGAGGGCUCCCACUUCAUGCAAAAUCAGGGGUAUGAUGGCAGCCAAAGCAAUUUCCUAAUGCAAUGGAAAAAAAACUUCUAAAUAAUGAAAUUCAUAUAUCCUUUAUAUUUCUGAACAGACUGGAACUGAAUGCAUGGAGCUUACUUUUUUAUUAAAAGAUUUAAAUAACUUUUUUAGCAUGUGAAUAAAACAUUACCAGCUAUUUUAAGGUAAAUUCAGAUUUCCUGAAUAUAGUGUAAUUUUUACACUCAUCAACAGAGCAUCAAUGAGGAAUUUAAAUAUGAUUUAAUAGAUAGAAUUUCCUACUAAGACUGGAAGAGUGCUGCAGGAAUCCCUCAAAGUUUCAGCAAUGGAGUCACGAAGGACCAGGGGCCACAUAGGAGGCCACGACUUGAAGGGUCAGGGGGUUGGUUUUAGCUUUCAGACCCCUGGACUUCCAGCCAGCUCCAUCAUUACUGCAGUCCAGCAGCAGGACUACUCAGCCAGCGUUUGGCUUCGCAGGAGGGAAAAACUGGAACAUUCUCAGCAGAAGUGCAUUGUGAUCUUUGCCUUGGUGUGCUGCUUUGCUGUUCUAUUGGCGUUGAUUUUCUCUGCUGUUGAUAUUUGGGGAGAGGAUGAAGAAACAGAAGAAGAGUGUACGAGUAACUGCAGUAUUGUCCUUGUGGAGAACAUUCCUGCAGACCUGUUGUUCCCAGACAACACCACCUUCCACCUUCCACUCUCAGCAGGACUGAACAACUUGCUGGACAAAGCUGAGAGGGUUGUAGAGAUAGUUUCCCCAAAGUGGUACCUCAAUCCCUCUGAUGAUGAAUCCAGCUUCUAUGCUGCAGCCAGACAGAGCAAAGAUCUACUGACCAGGCUGCAAGAGCUGAAACACAAAGACAUCCAGCUGAAGAUCACCACAGGAGAAUUCAACUCAAAAGAGUUGAAGGACCUUGAAAGAAAUCACGAUGCUGAGGUUCACGAGGUGAACAUGACAGCACUCGCCAAAGCCUACAGCUACCUCCAUUCGUCUUUUUGGGUGGUUGAUCGAAAACAUUUCUACAUCGGCAGUGCCGGCAUGGACUUGGAAUCUCUGUCCACCAGAAAAGAGCUUGGUGUGGUGGUGUAUGACUGCAAACCUCUGGCCUUGGACCUGCACAAAGUUUUCAGUCUCUACUGGGGGCUUGAGCAUAAAACCUUCAUGCCAAACUUUUGGUCCAAGCGCCUGUUUCCCUUCUUUAACAGGGACAGACCUGGAAACCUCACAAUAAACAGCACACAAUUUGAAACCUACAUCUCUAGCUCGCUUUUCAUCCCCAAAGAUCGCAGCAGUGAUCUAGAAGCAAUCUCUAGAGUCAUCCAGCAGGCCCGCCAUUUCAUAUACAUCUCCAUUAUUGAUUACCUGCCCCUCAUCAGCAUGCAAAGAUACUGGUCUGGUAUCGACGGGCUUUUAAGAGAGGCACUGAUCUUGAGGAAGGUCCGCAUACGACUGCUGAUAAGUUGCAGGGAAGAAACUCAUCCUCUGACUUUUAACUUCAUCUGGUCCCUGAAGAGCCUUUGCUUGGAGGAGGACAACUGUUCAUUGGAGGCUAAGUUCUUCAGCUUCCAGAGGGAUGGCAGCCUCAGCGGAAUAAAUCACAACAGGUUUAUGGUUACAGACAGAGGACUUUAUAUAGGCAACCUUGACUGGGUGGGGGAAGAGUUCACCCAUAAUGCAGGAGCGGGCCUUGUCAUCAGUCAUCCAGGAAAUGUCGCAGAGAAGAACUUCACUGUGGUGGAGCAGUUACAGGCUGUUUUUGAGCGGGACUGGUUUUCACGUUACGCCAACACUCUACAGACUAAUAAAAUUCCUGUUUGCAGCAAACAACAUAUCAACAAAUCUGUGCUGUCUAAAUCCAGCCACAGAAACUAUGGACCAUUGCCUAGCAGGCAGUAUGACAACGGUCCUACACCACUAAGAAACCAUCACAAAGUUGAUGGAGUCACACAGGACAAAAUAACACACCACGAAGAUGGGCUUAGGAAAAUGAUUUCCCAAAGCUUGGCUAAUGAGCAGCGGCCAUUUACAAACAACCACCAAGAGAGACCUGCAGACAUAAAGAAUGACCCCGAUGACCAACGCCAACAUGUAAAGGUUUGGAAGCAUAACAUUUCAGAGGAUCCACCCAGUAGGUGGGCUGAGAGCAGCGGAUUCAGAGAGAUGCUCAAUGGAUCUUUGUGAUGUGCCAACCUGAUUCUGCAACUUAACUUUUGUAGCCCUUUAAUAUAGUUAUUUUUAGGUAAAUAAGAACUUUUAAGGUUUAAGUAAUGUCCAGGAGUCUGUUUCAUGAAGCAGGUUUACUGAAAACGAAUUAUUCUAAACCUGAUAUA